AUGCAUCUCAACGUGUCUUUCUUAUUCCUGUUAUUGGGUAUCACGCUCAUCCAAGCUGGUCCAGCGGCCAAGAUCAUCGAGAAGAAAUCAUUAGCAGAAACGGUAGAAGCAGAGGCCAAACAGGAGAACCUGAACAUUGAAGAAAGUGGUGAGGAAAAGGACAGAACAAAAAAAGCUGCACUUUAUUUUCAAAUACAACCAAAUUGUCAACAACCUGUAAAGGAAAAUUUAGUUACUGUUCAGAACAUCCCACUGAGGAUACAGGCUCAGUCUGUUCCUCCACAAAUUCACACUCUGAAUGUGCUCCAGCCUAUUGUUCAAACCUUACCCCAGCCUAGCAUCAUUAUUCCUCAACAACCAAUUCCAAACUUGCACAUUGCCCAACAUCCAGCUCAACCUUCUUCAGCUGUGAAUGUAAUUCAGUCCUCAUCCAACACCAAUGUCAUCCAUGGCAUUGAGAAGCAACAGCCACAACCAAAGCCUAAGCCAACUCCAGCUCCUGUCACAGAAACAGUACCUGUUACUGAGAAGCCCAAGCCUAUGCGCAUUGAACAGCAGGCACAGCCUUUACCAAAGCCACAAGAGACCUUAGCGCUGCUGCCAAUGGCUCCUACAUACGAAGAACAUCUGAUGUUUAUUCCUGAACAACCACAGUUUGUUCCCUUAAUGGAAGUUCCAGCAACUACACCAUGCACCAAUCCCCUGCACAAUUACCUUACUUCAUGCACUUGUUCCAAUGUUAGGCCAUUGGCAAUGAAUAUGGUACCUGUCAUGCCUUAUCCAUCAGCGUAUGCAAGAUCUUCAAUGAUGAUGCCCCAUAUGGUAGCAGAGAAAAUAAGAGUGGAACCUCAGGGAAGAACUAAUACUCACAUCGAUUUAAAUAUCCCAAAUCAUCGACACCACCACCCUCACCACCACAGCCACGACUCGUACCAAAAUAUGUAUGUCUAUGGUUCAGACUCUGGUGCUGGCCAGUACGGUACCAAGCAGUUAAUGGAGAACACGUAUGCCAGUAAAGGAGUCUCCAUCAAUACCUUCCCUGCCUUCAGAGCUGUCAGCCCAUUUGUGCAACAACCUACUCUCAGUCUUCCAGAGAGCACUCUGAGGAACAAGGAGAAUACCAUGCAUAGUCCUGUCGCCUCUGAAGCAAGUAAUCUCAUACAGACCAACAAAUCUCCUCGUGAAACUAACACGAACCAAUUGUCACCAGAGAAGAUGUUGGAGAUCAAGCAAGAGCAAAGUCAAGCUAUGCUGAUCGAUGGUCGACGCAACGUAAGGAGCAACAAAGAAAAAUCGAAAGAACGAAAAAGUGAAUCAACAAAGAACUAG